AUGAGUAAAUACAGGUUUCGCGAGUAUGAUGCAUUAGGGCUAAAUAAGAAAGUUCCAGGUGAGAAGGUGCCUUCUCUUCAUCACAUUAGCAAACACAAGCAGAAGAAGAAAAAUGUGGAAGUGGUCUUUGAUGUGAAGGAUUACAAGCAGAUUAAGGAGAAGCAGCGGCAGGAGCGAAACCACAAGCGCUCGGAAACGGUUUUCAUUUGUGUGAGGCUUGACGACUGGCCCCAGAGCAUGGCUCCCAUCAAGCCGCUGCCGGCUGUCAUGCAGAAACGGGAAAAGUUAAAGGAGGACCUGGGUCUUGGCGACGACUACGGGAUUGGAUCCAGCAGCGACGACGCUAGCGGUCAUAUCAAAUGCCGACGGUCUGAUGAGAAGAACUCGAAGCCGCAGCCACAGAGCGUUACCGUGUACAGGGGUGAGAGUGGAAUGACCACCACCGUCACCACCAUGGCUCUCCAAUCCUCUGACGAUGAGCAGCCGGGCGAGGAUAGCAGCAGUGGCGACGAUGGCGAGGAAGAACAAGAUGCAGCGGAUAGCGAUGGUGGCUGUGAGGGCCGGGGUGGAGUUGCUGGCCCGGGUCCAUCCUCUGCCAGGCGGGGGCAUCUCAAAGCGGAGGGCAACAGCUGCAGCGGGAGGAAAGUGUCCAAGCGCCAUGCUGCGCGGCAGAAGGCGAAGCCUAAACAGGCAGACAAAGCAGGCGGGGCCAAACAAGCGCUAUCGGAACCUCGGGGCGGCGUGCGCAAGGCGGGGAAAAGGGGCGCAAGCAAACAGCGGGUCAGGUGAUGGCCACUGUCGGGCCUAGCGAGGGGAACCUUCUGGCCAGGAUUGGAGGCGAGGCGGUUGCAGUCUUGGUGUGUACAUUGGAUAUUGGCGGUUAGCCAAGUGGUUUGCUCAGUUGAUAUGUCGAUGUGGCGUGAUGGUCACAUCAAGAGGGUAUGAGGUUUGUGCUCCCUAUCGACUGGGCGUCAGGCAGAACUCCUUUCGUUCCUCUGCAACAAUUUUGUUCAAG